AUCGAUUCCAACCCUAUGCGCCAGGAGGCGCCUAUGAGACGACCCUAUGAAGUCCUGCGCCUGCGCAGUCUGUUCAGUGGUGUAACAAACGGAGCCAAGAUGGAGGUCUUUGUUGUUGCUCCGAGCUUUAGGUGCUCAAGCUUCGAGUUUCCACCUGGUUCUGUUGUCAGAGAUGUUCUGGAACGGUUCGUCCCGCACCAGGACUGGUACGUCACCAGUAACGGCCGUCUGUCCGGGCUGGAGGAGCGGCUGCAGGAUGGGGCCGUCUACCGCCUGGAGCCCCGGCUCCGUGGAGGGAAGGGAGGUCAGUUCCCGGGAAUGUUCCGAAGGGAGGAGGCGGAGCCUGGACCCAGCAGCAGAGGAGCCGUCACCAUGACGACCCAGAGGGAGGAGGCGGAGCCUGGACCCAGCAGCAGCACCGCUUCAGCCGCUCCAACCGCCAGAACCUCAGAGGUCCAGAACCCCAGCCUCCCGACGGAACCGGCCGAGGUCCAGAAGCCCAGCCUCCCGACGGAACCGGCCGAGGUCCAGAAGCCCAGCCUCCCGACGGAACCGGCCGAGGUCCAGAAGCCCGCCCACCCGACGGAACCGGCUGUUGAACCGUCAGGGGACCAGAACCCUCCUCGGGGCUGCAGGGAACCAGAUCAGCAGUUGGACCUGUCCUCGGUGCCGUCCGUCCAGCAGCUGGAGUCUCUGGGUCUGGAGGUUCUGAAGGAGGAACUGAUGCGCCGCGGCCUGAAGUGCGGGGGAACGCUAUCGGAGCGCGCCGCCCGCCUCUUCUCAAUCAGAGGCCUGAGUCCAGACCGGGUCGACCCGGCACUGCUCGCCAGAACCAGGAGGAAGUAGACCCAGCUCUGGAAGGCAGAACUUCCUGUCUGGAAUGAAGCGGCCGGGUCUAAAUGUUGGAAUCGUUUAUUUGAAUCGAUGAUCAGAUUUGUUUUCAUGAAAUAUUAAUAAAAUGUUCCAGAACCAAA